CAAAUCAGCCGGCUGGACGCCGGGUCACGCACUCCCGCCUGCCCGCCCGCCCUGUGUACAUGGCUGCUCCGGACCCCUCAAACCCGGGCACCGCCGGCAGCCCGCCUGCCCCUGGUGGCAGCCCAGGCACCCCGGGCAAGUCUGGCCCCGGUGGUAGCCCCGGCACCCCAGGCAAGUCUGGCCCCGGUGGUAGCCCCGGCACCCCAGGCAAGUCUGGCCCCCGGUGGUAGCCCCGGCAAGUCUGGCCCCGGUGGUAGCCCCAGCACCCCAGGCAAGUCUGGCCCCGGUGGCAGCCCCGGCACUCCGGGCAAGUCUGGCCCCGGUGGCAGCCCCGGCACUCCGGGCAAGUCUGGCCCCGGUGGUAGCCGCGACACUCCGGGCAGGUCUAGUAGCCCCGGCCCCGACCCCGGCUCCUCAUCCACCAGCCCCGAUCGCCCGCUGGUGUCGGUGGUCCCGAGCGGUCUGGAGGUCCGGCCACCGCCCGUCGUCGGGCUGCAGAUGUGGCCGGACGGCUGGAGGUACCAGGGUGAGUUCCAAGGGAAAUUGAAGCAUGGCGAAGGGAGAUUUGAGUGGAGCAGCCAGGAGUUUUAUGAGGGACAGUUCUACAAAGAUCAUCGGCAUGGACAAGGUUGCUACGUUUGGCCAGAUGGGACCAAAUUCACAGGAGCAUUUUACCUGGAUCGAAAAGAUGGAUACGGCACUUUAGAGAUGAAGGAUGGCUCCAUGUUCCAGGGCCUUUAUAAAGGUGAUGAACGGUUUGGACCUGGCGUGUUCACCUAUCCCAAUGGACGCCAAGAUGUGGGCCUGUGGUAUCAGAAUCAUCUCAUCAGACUUUCUACGGCAAUUGCAGGAGCCUUCUCCGUGAAGGACCACCCAAUGUUUAAUUCUGACAUGGGGAAGCAGGUUGUCACAUUCAGUCCUUACAAGGAGAAGUAUUUGUGGAGAGUUGAUUCCAUGGAAGAUCCCUUCUUUUACCCCUACAAGAAGCUCCUAUUUGAUGACAGCUACACCUUGCCAUCAGAAAUUGGGACGUAUUCCAAUAAUGCUGAUCACUUGCCCCUCACUCGUUCUUAUCGGAGAGAAGGUGACAGACAUUUCUUCCCAGAAGAAGAAUUGGUAGCUGAGGACCAGACAGAGACAAUCAUCGUUAUAAACAAAACUCCUUUGCUGGUUCAAAUGCAGAUGCAUAUCCAUAGACAUAGGCGCACGCAGACAAAACUCCCGUGGGACGUGGCGGCUGUGAUAGAAGGGAACCGCGAGGGCUUUGGCCCCAAAGGACCGCUUGAGUGCAACUCCGAACAACUGCUGAUGGCAACUGGAGAGGGUGCCGUUGAGAAAGUGCAGGAGAUGCUCAAAACCAACUUAGUAAGUGCAGAUGUGGCUGAUCGGCACGGGCACACAGCGCUAAUUGGAGCCUCGGUUGCUUGUCGCAGUGAUAUAAUCAACAUUCUUCUGGACAACGGAGCAAACGUGAACAAGCUGAAUGAUGAGGGUGUUUCCGCGCUGAACAGCAGCAAGACGCUUUAUUAUCCAGUCGGCAGUUAUAAAUACAAGACAGUCAGCCCUAAUGCGGAAGUCAAGAAGGAGGAGAGACGUGUUUCCCGUGCAAGUUCAACCAGAGUGAUUUCCCUGAAAGAAAAUGUUGAAUUGACAGAAGAGGUGAAGAAAGCCAAAAGACUCUCAAUCUAUGACCGCAGAAUCAGGCUGGGCAGCAUAAUCCUCAAGACGUCUCCAUUAGUAAGCAGUCGUGCAGAGGAUGAGAUGGAAGGGUUUGGAGACUUAGGAGAGUAUGAAAGUGAUGUCGAUGAUGAAUCUGGGAGCCUGCAGCCACCGUCAGCAGGGUUUACCGCAAGUGGUGAUCCUGAUUCUGAGGAGAGUGCCGGGAACUUCCAGUUAACAAUUGAUGAGCGUCAAUUGCAACGUGCAGCUGAUCUGCUGAGCAGGAACAAAAAAUUUAAAGAGUCGACUAAGUAUGCAUCUCCAGGAACUAAUGAUGCAAACUUUGAAAAUAUACGGAGAAUAGCAGAGAUGAAAUCAGAACAUCGGAGUAGAAGAAGAAUUACUAAUCUACUUCUUCGUAGAGGGGCAGACCCCAAUAUUUCCUCACAUCCAAUGUCAUCAAUAUUUUUCUCCUUGAUGGCAGUGGACAUCAUGGCAAUAAAAACCUUGCUGGAGACUGGAGUGAAUCCAAACACCCGACUUCAGACGAUGAAGGAAGGAAUGAAUGGACUGCUCCCACUCCACAUUGCUGCCAAUCUCCCAGGCAAGAGAGGUGUGCAGAUUACAGAGCUCCUGCUGAACGCUGGCGCAAACCCUGAUUUAGGAGCAGAGGACAGCGAUGAGAUCUACGGGCCUGAUCAGAAAUCUGACCCAGAGUUGUCGACCGGGUUUGUUGCGAAAAGCCCCAAUCAGUUAGGUGUCCCGAAGCAUUACCACAGCCCGUCUGAAAUCAUGCCUAAAGUGGAUGGACGAACCGCAUUGCAUAUUGCUUGUCAACGUGAAGACGACUACAAGCAUGCUCAUCAGAUUGUUCAACAUCUCCUGAAGCACAAGGCAAAUCCCAAUUUAUUAUGGAGUGGCCACUCGCCCUUAUCGUUAGCCAUCGCCAGUGGAAACGAUCUGGCAGUGGACGAGCUGUUGGCCAACGGGGCAGAUCCCAACCUGCCUCUCACCCACGGCUUGGGCAAUGCCCUGAGCGUGGCACUGAGCACCAAAUAUGAGGACAAGAGAAACCUGCAGGGCAGAGUGGAUUUGGUCGCCAAGUUAAUCAAGGCUGGUGCCAAUAUCUUGAUGCCCAUCACAAUUCAAGACAAGACCAAUAAAGCUGUGGGAACAGCUCUAGACUACGGCCACUACAAAUAUUACCAGGAUAAGAGAAUAGCAGAGACGCCCUAUCAUGCACUAUCCAAAGAGGAGCGAGAGGUCUACAACUCCCGACGCUUCCUCCUCGACUUUUUGAGUGAGCCAUUCCGUUCGGCCACCAUCGACAAGGAACGGAAGCGGUUUGACAACAUCAUCCAGCAGAACAUUCGAACCCGGGCACCAGGGACCAUAUCCCAGCUCAGUGAAUCUGAGGCACUAACCUUCGCUGACAUCAGCCUAACAGCACAGAUCAUCUUUGAGCGACACGCUCAGAGGACCGACAAAACUCUGUCUUUGACAGUGGUCCCAGAAAAGAAGAGGAAAGUUGAUGACAAACUUCACAGUAGGCAUCUCUUCAAAUUCAAGUUCUGCUACUACUGCGGCCGCUCGGUGGGGGUCCAUCUGACACCUUGCACCCGGUGCAAGGAAGUGUAUUACUGCAGCAAGGCCUGCAAGCUGGCAGCUUGGAACGAGUUUCACAAGGAUGAGUGCUACGUCGUGAAAGGGAGAGGUCGUGGUUCAUCCAGAAGGAAGAAAGGGGGUGAAAAAGAUGGAAUAAAGGGGUCCGAAGAAGAAGAUGAAGACAGAGAGAGAAUCGAAGGGGAGGGAGUAAUUAAGGAUGGAUCACAGGAUUGGAGCCUUUCAACUACACUCUCCUUCAUGGAUAUGGGCAACUACAGCUUUAAUUAAAGCUGCUUUCAAUCCG